UUAAUUAUCAAACACAGAUAGGUAAACUUAUACUUAUAGGCCAUACAACCAGACUAGCUGCAGUUGAAGGAAGAGUGAAACAGAUAGAUAAUCAUGGAGUGGAAUGGUAACCAAAGAAGCUUUGUUCCUCAACCAGAGUCUUCCUUAAGCUUCCUCUACAACUACAAUCAAACCCCGUAUCAAGGAAUGGUGGAAGUGAAACAACAAGAGUGGACAGAGACAAUGUUCCCAGAAAUGGAAAAAAUGAUGAAGUAUGGGAACCAGGAAAAGAAAAAGAGAUUAACUAAUGAACAGAUGGAAUCACUGGAGAGUAGUUUCCAGGAGGAGAUAAAGUUAGAUCCUCAAAGGAAGAUGAAGCUUUCCAAAGAGUUAGGGCUACAGCCUCGACAAAUCGCUGUUUGGUUUCAGAACAGGCGUGCAAGGUGGAAGACCAAGCAACUUGAACACCUUUAUGAUUCACUUAAACACCAAUUUAAUGUUGUGUCCAAAGAAAAACAGCAGCUUCAGGAUGAGGUAAUGAAGUUGAAGGCUAUGUUGAAAGAGCAAGGUUGUUCUUCUAGUAGAAUGCAAUGUUACUAUUCAGAAAUGUCAGGGGAAGAAACAGAAACAGUGGAAAGCACAUCAGAGGCUGCUCUGCUUUGCUCCAACAGGGAGGUUAAGGGAAAAGAUCAUAAUCAGUUCAACAUUGCAGAGGGAAACUGUUUUAAUUUGGAGGAUUAUAACUUUAACAACAGUGUUCCACUUUUACCCUACUGGCCUAAUGUUCCUCAUCAUAACUAUCAACCAUAAUUAGAGUAAUUAAUCUGUUUGAACAAUAACUUUAUGUGAGUUUUUGUGAGAUUAAUUAAUUUGAUUGGUUGUGUAGAUUAGAAUUAGAAUCAAUAGUAGUAAUGGAAUAGUGUUUAGGAACUGACCUCAGGAGUACAAUAAUUACUAUUACUAGUAAAUAAAUUGUCUGUCAGGGCAGACAUAACAUUUAUUAGUCGCUUCCAUAAUGCAUCAAAUUUUUAACUGUUGAGUACUAUUAUAACUAAAAUAUUCA